AUGGGAUCUGAAGAAAGAGAUAAAGAAAGAGAUGCAGAGGCAGGUAUCUCAAGCAAUAGUGACACUGGCAAUCCAAGCAUUAUAAGCCCAGUCAAUAGUGGACCAAGUUAUAAUACAAAGUUGUUGAUGAGUGUUGGAGGCAUCAUGGGAUUCUUUAUAUUUUAUGGUGUACUUCAAGAGAGGAUCAUGGAUCAACCAUACGAUAUCGAUGACAAGGGCAACAAGGUGUUCUUCACCGAUUCGACAUUCAUCGUGCUGUCCAACCGUCUAUUCGCAGCAAUCAUCGCCGUCGUCAUUGUUAUGUAUCGUGGCGAGUCUGUAAAGAAUGUUGCACCACUUCACAAGUAUCUGGGCGUGUCUCUGUCCAACUUCUGCGCCACAUGGUGUCAGUACGAGGCACUCAAGUACGUCAACUUCCCCACACAGACCCUUGGCAAGUGUGGCAAGAUGAUGCCAGUCAUGCUAGUCGGUACCUUCCUCAGUGGCAAGAAGUACUCCUUCAAAGACUACGCCAUCGCCCUGACCAUCACCUCUGGUUGUAUGAUCUUCUUCAUGACUGGUAAAAUCUCCUCCAAGGAUGAGGACGACUCAAGCACCAUCUAUGGCCUGUUAUUGAUGGCCACCUAUAUGUUCUUUGACAGCUUCACCUCAACCUUCCAGGAGAAGAUGUUCAAGGGAUACACAAUGUCCACCUACGAUCAGAUGAUCUAUGUAAACUCAUUCUCAGCCUUAAUCUCACUCUUUGUGUUGAUCGUCAACAACAGAUUGUUCCCAGCAUUGGAGUUCACUAUGCAGUACCAGAAGCUUCUGUACGACUCUACGAUGCUGUCAAUUUGUGCCAGUCUUGGUCAGAUGGUCAUUUACUUCACGAUCAAGGAGUUUGGAGCAUUGAUCUUCUCGACGAUAAUGGUCACCAGACAGGUGUUCUCAAUCGUGCUCUCCACAAUCCUCUUUGCACAUCCAUUGUCCAACCUACAAUGGAUUGGCGCCAUCAUUGUAUUCGGUACACUCUACUACAAGGCCGUAGAGGAUCAAAAGAACAGAAAGGCAGGUGGAGGUCAUGGCCACUCGCACGGUGGCAGCAGCCAUGCUCACAAGUCCGACAACUUGGUCGACAGCAGCAGUGGCAACAGCAGGCAACAACAG